GGGUUGUUGGAGCCGAGCAGAGACAGGAGGCGACCUCCUUGCAACAGGCGAGGGCGGCGGUUCCUGCUCGGAGGGAAAGCGAGGGCGGGCUGGCUGGCGAGCGGCGCUAUGGAAGGGGCGCAGCUGCUGCUGGAGCUGGCUAACUGGAGCACGAUUCUGGUGUGCGCCGUCCUCAAGCUGCCGCAGGGCUUCGUUUUGCUGGCGGCUAAAUCCGCCGCGGGACUCAGCUUGGAGAGUUUGGUGCUGGAGCUGAGCGGCUUCCUUGUCUGCCUGCGGUACCACAGUUACUAUAGUUAUCCUCUGUCAUCAUAUAUAGAAUACCCCAUCAUCAUUGCACAAGAUGUCGUUCUCUUGCUGUUUGUUCUACACUACAGUGGCAAAAUGAGGCAUGCUUUGCCUUACACUAUCGUAUUUGUGGGGGGAUGGUAUGUGCUAGGUCUGCAGAAAUGGAUAGUGGACCUGGCUAUGAAUUUGUCCACUCUAAUCAGUGCAGCAAGUAAAUUUGCUCAGCUCAGAUGUCUCUGGCAGACUAAAGAUUCUGGACAAGUGAGCACUUUGACUUGGAGUUUAGCUACAUACACCUGUGCAGCAAGAAUAUUCACAACACUGAUGACAACAAAGGAUUUAACAGUUCUUUUCCGUUUUGUGGUCAUGAUGGCUCUUAAUGUAUGGGUCACAGCAACUAUAUUGCGUUACAGGAAGAUUGCUAAGAAGACUGAUUAAAACAUGAGCUCUUCUGCCUAUUUUAAGUAGUCUUGAGGAUGAAGCCAAUAUAAAAGCCUACCAUUAGGACCAAAAGUAUUAAGCUUGCAGGAAAUGUACAUUCCAUUUAAUAGGAGACUAUUGAUGUUUACAUUGAAAAUGGAACUCCAUUAUAUUUACCAAGCUCCACAAGUCUUUUGAAAUAUGCACAUGCUUACCAUGUGGUUUUUCUAAAACAAGUUCAUAUUUGGAGUCUACCAUCUUAACAUUUGUUUUUCAAAUUUACUGGACUAUGUACCCAAUCGACUUUUCAAAACUUCCCAUUCCUGAAUGAUCUUUCUCCACAUAUUUCAGCCAAGGUAUGAGCAUAUCUCCUACUAUACAGUAAGCCUUAUCACAGAGUAUGCUAAAAUUACAGCAUUUAUAGAUAUUUCAGAUACCUUUCACCUAUCACAACUCAGGAAAUUAAAGAAAAAUGCAUACUGUAUGAAAGGGCUUCCAAGCCUGUUGCGGUAUUUUGAGAAGGUUCUUGUUCUAUCUAAUUGACAAAUCAACUGUCCUGAACUGCCAAAAGUUUAGUAGAGUUUAUUUCUUACUGGAAUUGCCUUUCUCUGGAUUGGGAUAGAGUAUUUUUGCACAUUAAUCCUUGCUGGCCAUUUACUUAUCCCAUUAAAAGAGACUUUAUAGAAUGCAUUUAUAACCUUUUGAAGACAGCCAUGAAAUUUUGUAUGUUUAGGAAUCCAUGGAGUGAAAAUAAAGUUUUCAAUGAAAUGA